AUGCUCGUCUCCUUCGAAUACGCCGCCGUCCAAGCCGCUGCCUACCAAGUGCAAAUCAAGGAGACCGAAACUAUCGGCUCCUAUCUGACCAAAGCCGCUGCUUACUACAAGAUUGAUCUGAAAAAGUGCAAGUUCACUACCUCGAAUGGCUUCACCGUUACUGCUGGCAUGACUUCUGCCCAGUUCGCCGCGGGUAAAUCUACUUGUGGAGGUCGAUCUGCCGCAGCGGCAUCAUCUCAGAAGGUCGUCAUCAAGAUCGAGUACUCUUCUACUUCUGUCUGCCGUUAA